UUAAACCAAUCAGAUCGCUUGUUUCAAAAUACAAAAAUUUAAAGAGACAGGAAAUGAAAACAAAAUAUGGUGAUUUUGGGCACCAACGAACCAAGUAUGAGCGGUUUUGACUCAUCAGAUGACGAGAACGAAGGUGAAGUUGACCUCUCUCCUUUCAAAAUCGAUUGGCUUGACCUCUCCUACCUUGGACUAGUGGAGCCAUUAGGAAUAAGUGCCUUACCUGGAUGUAGAUUCAAGGAUGUUUGGAGAAACCUAGAAGCAGAUAUCGAGUCCAUCAAGUCUUUGGAAAUAUCUGAUGUAUUCUGCUUCUGCUCACGUGGUGAACUCCACAAAUAUCGUGUAACAUGGUUGUUACAAGAGUAUACAAAAGCUGAUAUCACAACAUAUCAUUAUCCAUUUCCCGAUGGAUGUACCCCAACUAUUGGAAAUCUGGUGAAAAUGCUCGAACAGUUGAAGCUGAACCUAAUGGAAGGAAAGAAGUCAUUAAUUCAUUGUUUUGGAGGCCUUGGAAGAGCCUGUCUGGUUGCAUGCUGUUUCCUCCUCUAUAUGGACCCAACAUGUACACCAGAGGUGGCCAUUGCAAAGGUACAACAGAUACGAGGACCCCGCGCAAUACAGUCAGUAAAGCAAUACAAUCAAAUCCACGACUUCAGAAAGGACUAUGAGAAAUACUCUACGCAACAUGGGGAGGCAUUUAGAUCAGUCUCAAGAUAACUUCAAUGAGACAUUCCUUAGGCUAGUUAUCCAAUUUUACAAUACACCACAUAUUGGUGAUGGGACUGCACUGGUGUGUGAAAUGAGAUAUUUAUAUUAAAUGUUCUGCAUUUUCAUAUUUACUUUUACCCAAGUACAAUCUGGAAUUACUUUGACAUAAUUUUCAAAGUGACGACAUGAAGGAUCUAAGUUUGAGUUCAGUAGAAACCUUUGCUUUCUUACUUCAAACCAUCCUCCGAGAUGUGGUCUGGAGAUUAUGGUUCGGCUAAAAUUAUGAGAACAUUAUCUUGAUUAAGAGUGUCAAUAUACAUUCGGUUCAGAAUUUGGUUUUAAAGGAACUACAAUUCAUAUAUUUAGUUCUUCAGUUUUGUAACAUUGAGUCUAGAAUAUUACCAUGUUCCUUUUAUGUGGCCUUUCACCAAUGUAACAAAAGCGAGGGACUAAAUGUUAGAAUUCCUGUUUCAUUUAAAGACUAAAUUCCCAACUCUGUGUAUGUUCUUAAACUAGCUUUUGAGCUGAAUUAAAAUAUGUACCUUGAGUUAACUUAAAAGUAGGUUUAAAUCGAGAAAACA